AGGCUCGGUGUGAUGAGGAGGUGCUGCAGCUUCAGACGGACUUUAUUCCGUCCUCAGGCUCAGAGAGCGCAGCUGCAGGACUUUACGACUCAAGAGAAGUUUUUUUUAUUCCACCCUUACGGACACUUCGGAUUAUUUUUGCGUUUUAUUUCUUUUCCCUGCAGAAGCAACAAAGAGGACACCUGAGAAAGUUUCAAAAGAACGAUUUGGAGUUGCUGAUGGGAAUAAACCGACCCGAGAGGAGACGUCAAGUGGAUUUUACGCAUCAGUCUCCGCGCGCAGACAGCGGACACUUGUCAGCUUUUGCUGAGUUUUUCAUGACCGCUCUGUGAUUUAUAUAUUUUUGUUUGUGUCUCUGUUUUAUCGCUUUGCCCGUGGACAUCUUUCAGGUUGUUUUCACACCGACCCUGACUUUCAUGAUGCCACUUUUUCCGGCGCACGCGGCCACCCGGGGAGAAAUGGAGCUGGUAAAACUGUUACAGGGUCGUUAGAUUUAUUGGAACGUGAAGGCCGGAGAUGAACUUUCUCCGUAAUGAUUGCGGGAGCUCUGGUGAAUGAUUGACAGCUCUAUCAGGGCGCUGGAAGAACUGGAUCUGCCGUAAAGGUUUUUCAAUCAUUAAGAGGCUGAAAGCUGCUUUCCCCUCUUGGAGCAGAAUGAAACUCUGGUCGUGAUUCAUCCAGAGGAACAUGUUUUCCAAGAAAAUUGAAAAAGUGGUGUACGGUUAAAUCAUUUUUCUAGUUUUGAAGACUCUGAAUCAAUAAAUACACAUUUUAAUAUUUAUAAUUUUUUACAUGGCACCUAUAGUCGGACACAUGCCCUGCAGUCUGGUGUUCCUGCAGCUCCUGCUGCUUCUGCUCUGGUGCCCUGGUCUCACAUCAGGAGCCUCUAAAGAGCUGGUGUGCGAGCCCAUAACCGUGCCCAUGUGCAGGGGCAUCGGCUACAACCUGACCUACAUGCCCAAUCAGUUCAACCAUGACACCCAGGAGGAGGUGGGGCUGGAGGUGCACCAGUUCUGGCCCCUGGUCCGGAUCCGCUGCUCCCCGGACUUGCUUUUCUUCCUGUGCAGCAUGUACACUCCGAUCUGCCUGCCGGACUACCGCAAGCCGCUUCCACCCUGCCGCGCCGUGUGUGAACGGGCCAAGCGGGGCUGCUCCCCCCUGAUGAGCCAGUACGGCUUCGAGUGGCCUGAGAGGAUGAGCUGCGAGCAGCUGCCCCAGCUGGGAGACGAGACCCUGUGCAUGGACCAGAACAGCAGCGAGACCACCACCCUGGCCCCCCUGUUCCCCAAGCCCACCGCGAAAGGAAGGACCAGGCCCCCCAACCCCCCGCCGUGUGACAGGGACUGCCGCUGUCGAGACCCCUUGGUCCCCAUCAAAAGGGAGUCCCACAACCUGUAUGGCCGGGUCCAGACCGGCACCCUGCCCAACUGCGCCCAGCCCUGCCACCAGCCCUACUUCACGGCGGACGAACGCGCCUUCACCAGCUUCUGGGUGGGACUCUGGUCGGUGCUGUGCUUCAUCUCCACUUUGACCACGGUCGCUACCUUCCUCAUUGACAUGGAGCGCUUCAAGUACCCGGAGAGGCCCAUCAUCUUCCUGGCGACCUGCUACCUCUUCGUCUCCUUGGGUUACAUCAUCCGCCUGGUGGCAGGUCACGAACGGGUGGCGUGUGGCGCCAGCGGCGUUGGCGGCGACCAGCUGCACAUCCUCUACGACACCACCGGCCCUGCCCUCUGCACCCUCGUCUUCUUGCUGGUGUAUUUCUUCGGCAUGGCCAGCUCCAUCUGGUGGGUGGUGCUGUCCUUCACCUGGUUCCUGGCUGCAGGGAUGAAGUGGGGCAGCGAGGCCAUCGCCGGAUACUCUCAGUAUUUCCAUCUCGCCGCCUGGCUCAUCCCCAGCGUCAAGUCCAUCGUGGUCCUGGCUCUCAGCUCGGUGGACGGAGACCCUGUGGCUGGUAUAUGCUACGUGGGGAACCAGAGUCUGGAGAAUCUGAGGGGAUUUGUACUCGCGCCUCUUGUGGUUUACCUCUUCACCGGUUCGCUUUUCUUACUCGCUGGCUUCGUUUCACUAUUCCGCAUCAGGAGCAUCAUCAAGCAAGGCGGCACCAAGACUGACAAACUGGAGCGCCUGAUGAUUCGCAUCGGACUGUUCACCGUGCUGUACACAGUCCCCGCGACCAUCGUGGUGGCCUGCCUCGUCUACGAGCAGCACUACCGGCCCGGCUGGGAGAAAGCUCUGGCCUGCUCCUGCAUGUCCGAGCGCCAGCGUUCGGGCCAGGGCCCCGAUUACGCCGUCUUCAUGCUCAAGUACUUCAUGUGCUUAGUGGUGGGCAUCACCUCGGGAGUGUGGAUUUGGUCAGGAAAGACCCUGGAGUCCUGGAGGAGGUUUGUGGCUCGAUGCUGCCCCUGCUGGUCACAGAAAGCCACCGCUCCCCCCUCCAUGUACAGUGAGGCCAGUACGGCUUUAACAGGUCACACAGGAACUGGACUGACAUCAGGGAUCUACCAUAAAGCUGCUCCGUCCCAUAUAUGAACUUUUAAGAGGACAUACAGUCGCCUCUGUUCCCAGGAUCCAAACACCUUGUGUCAUUUUGUAUAAUUGAGCUCUAAAUAUCAAAAACUCAACGACUGAGAUGAUAUAAAACUCGACGGACCAAAAGUUCUGGUACACAAAAAACAGGAAAUAUCUGAAUAAUCUGAAUGUUAACGAAAUGAAAAUCCAACAUUGAAUAUUUAAUUGUGACUCCAGCAACUAGAACUGUUUUUUUAUUAGCAGAAGAGCUCAAAACAAGUUAAGUGGAUCCAUAAUGGACUCUCACAUGCUUCCUCCUGUCUGCUUGAGCACUGAGAGAGAUAAAAAUAUAUUUAUUUGUGUACAUAUUGUAUAUACAUAUACAUAUAUAUAUAUCUCACCUGUAAAAAAAGAAAGAAAAAUAAGAUAUGUGCGAUAUUGUUUAGUGUAUAACCAACCAACGCCACAAGCGAAGACACAUAAAUGUGUUGUUGUAUGUCAGUGUUUGAGUGGUGUGUUUGGUAUGAUCACAAAGUGUGUUAAAUCUUUUAUUUGUUUUUUGUCAGUUUUGAAAAGUAAACCGAUUUAUUCAGGUUCCUCAGAAGCUUUGUUAUAAAGUCACUAAUUCUCAAUGAAAAGAUAACUUUUGUUAGAAAUAACAAUGAUCAAUUUAAAGCUACGAGGGGACAUUGGUCUUUACCCCCACCUGCUGGUUCACAGCGGAACUGCUCACUUCAUGUUCAUCAGGGGCAAGAAAACAAACAUAAAACUUCCCUCAAACAGAUCGACAUUAAACCACUGACUUUUGUGCCACAUCUGUCUAAAAUGUGUGAACUACAAAAAUAUUGUUGCAGUGAACUUACCUGUAUUCACUUUUUCAUGUUUUCUGUUUGGACAGUUCUUCUGUUGGAGUUUUGAUUUAAUUUCAAGGCCCUCUAGAGGUCCCCAGACCCUACUUUGAGAAACAUACUUUUCUAAUACUUUCACGGCAGAACAAACAGACGCUAAACUCAAACAUUUAAUUGAUUCAUUGGACAGAUUUUAAAGAGAAAGCUACUUGGCGACUGCAUUGAUGAAAGAAAAAAUCUAUAAUGAAGUAAUGUGCACUUAUUUCUAACAUUGUAAAUGUAUUUUCUUUCUUUUAGCUUGAAAACAAACAUUUUGAACACAACACCUUGGGGGAAAAUCUAACAACUAUUUACACCGUUUUCUUGACCAACCAAUAAUUUGUGAUAAUGGUUUGAAAUUUGUUUGAGAAUUGCAUAAAAAUAUCAACUAAAAUAUGAAGAUUGAAGGUUGAACUGUUGGAAGACAAACAAGCACUUGAAAGUAUUGUGUCAUUAUUUGUGACAGUUUAUAGCUUAACAAGCUUUUUUUUAAUGUUAUUUACUCAAUCUUUUAUAACUUUUGAGAAAUCGCACUGAUAAUUGACUGAAUUCAUGGUUUUAAAAUAGUUAUCAGUAGGAAUCUGUGGUCAAAUCUAUUUUAGAGGCACCGACAACAUACUGUAAAGUGUGUAGUGCCAUUUACCAACUAGCCCAGACUGGAAAGACAAAUAUGAAGCCAUCUCAGUGUAAACUACAAAGACCAAACAGGUGUAUUAAAUUAUUCUGGUAUUGUAAAUCAGACUUUUUUCUCCCCUCCUCCUGUGAUGUUUUGCGAUAUUCUCCCUCAGUGUUGUUUGCCCCUCGUGUUGCUUAGACUACUGUGUGUCCACAUGCUAGAUGACCUCUCUAAUUUAUUAGUCUGAUGUGUGUGAGUGAAUGUGACCGCGUGAGUGACGGUGAAUGCCAAAAAGAGUAUUGACAAAAAAAAAAAAGACAAAAAACAAUAAGAAGUGACAUUUAGGAUUAAUUGUUGACAUCGUUUGUCACAUUCAUAGAUUUCCUUAAAGGAUACAAAAAAAAUACUGUAGAUUUUGAUUCAUAUUGUGGAAUUAAAACUGAGUUGAUCUCGA